AUGUCUCAUAUGGAGCUGGCGUUGGACCCGGGUGACCAUGAUCUGCUAGGCUUCCUGCUAGAAGAAAGCGGUGGUUUGGGUGCGGCGCCCGACGAGGCCUUGGCGUCUCCGCCGGAUUGGGAACUGCCCCUUUCUGAGUCUCUGAGCGAUUGGGACGUGGAGGAUUUCCUGAGCUGCCUGCCGAGUCCCCCAGCAUCGUUGCACGUUUUCAGCAGCUCUAAUCCCUGUCUUGUCCAGCAUGACCACACCUAUUCUCUCUCACAAGAGCAUGUCUCCAUAGAUCUAGAUAAUGAGAGCUAUGGAAAAGAGGGGGCUCAGAUGACUCCACUGCCUGUGGAGGAGCCGGCAAAUCAGGAGUUUUCUAGGCUGAUACUGACUGAGGAGGAGAAGAGGCUGUUGGAGAAGGAGGGGCUUACUUUGCCUGGGAUGCUUCCGCUCACUAAGAUGGAGGAACAAAUUCUGAAACGAGUGCGGAGGAAGAUUCGAAACAAAAAGUCUGCUCAAGAGAGCCGCAGGAAGAAGAAGGUGUAUGUGGGGGGUUUAGAAAGCAGGGUCCUGAAAUACACAGCCCAGAAUCUGGAGCUACAGAACAAAGUACAGCUCCUGGAGGAACAGAAUCUGUCCCUUUUGGAUCAGCUGAGGAGACUGCAGGCCAUGGUGAUUCAGACAGCAAACAAGGCCAGCAGCGGCAGCACAUGUGUCUUGGUUCUGCUCUUCUCCUUCUGUCUCCUCCUCGUACCUGCUAUGUACUCCUCGGACGCAAGGGGGAGCCUGCCGGCUGAGCACAGAGUAUUGUCCCGUCAGCUUCGGGCCCUUCGCAGCGAGGACCCCCUGCAGCUGGAGCCACCUGCCCUGCAGCUAGAGGUACCAAAGGACAGCUUGGACCGUGAGCUCCAGGCUCCUAGCAACUUUUGCUGCCUCUUGCAUCUCAUGCCUGAGGCUCCUAGAGCAGAGCCUCCCCUGCAAUUGCCGCUGCCUGAUGGUUUCUCAGAGUGCUCCUGCCCAGAUUCCAUAUCUCCCCUGCAUGCAAAUCUCACAGGAGAGGAAGGAUGGCUCCCUACUCCCAGCCCCACAUCUGUUAUCUUGCAGGACAGAUACUCAGGCUAG